GAAGUUGUUUUAAUCGCGGAAGUGAAGUGGUACAGUAGUGCUGUUGUUGAAGCUGACUAGAGAUCACAUUUGGGAUUCUUUACAACGUUCAGGGUUUAUUUAUUUAUUUUUGCUUUAUGUAGGUUUCUGAGAGGCUCACGUUCUCGGGUAGACCAGUCUCUCAGGUUGAGCCGUUAGCUGACAUGGCGGAUCACAUGGAUGUCAACUUGCCACCCGAAGAGCGAGUCCGCUCUCUGACCCAACGAGGCAGCUCGGUGGAAGUCAACGACGACGUGCCGCCGCGACGUUACUUCCGCUCUGGCAUGGAGAUGAUCCGAAUGGCCCACAUCUACACAGAAGAGGGAAACCUCGAACGCGCCUUUGUACUUUACAAUAAAUAUAUUACGCUUUUUAUUGAAAAACUUCCCAAACAUCGGGAUUACAAGACUGCAAACAUCCCAGAGAAAAAGGACACAGUAAAGAAACUCAAAGAUGUGGCGUUUCCUCAAGCAGAGGUUCUCAAACAGGCUCUUUUAAAAAGAUUUGAACAAGAAUAUGCACAGUAUCUGGUCAAAAAGAAAGCGGAGGAGGAGGCCCUGGCGCUGGAGCAGUCCAGGCAGCGUGCGCUGGACGCCGAGCGGGAACGCGUCGCCGUAAUGCAACGGCGGCAGCGGGAGCAGGAGCAGUUCAGUGCCUUCGAGGAGAUGAUCCGUCGCCAGGAGCUGGAGAAGGAGCGCCAGCGAGUGCUUCUGGAGUUUGCCACGCCGUCCGCGCCUCCUGCCGACACGCCCCUCAUUCCUGGCAUCCAGGGCCCGCCGUUGGUGUCCCCCACCGCCCCGCUGAGCCCUGGCGAUUUCGGCGCCAACGACUAUCAGCACCAUCGGCCCGCUGCUACGCCGGGCACGCCAGUGGCCGGCCUACCCAGCUUUGACCGCUCGCUCAAACCCGGGUCUCUGGUCAGCCCCGGGAACAACAGUACGAUGGUGGAUGCCCUGCGGCAGCUGGCCGUUCCUGCUGAGCUGUGCCGCAGCUUCCUGAGGCUGGCCGAGGCCAACACCAGCCGCGCUGUGGAAACCUGCGGCAUCCUGUGUGGAAAACUGACCAGAAAUGCGUUCACUGUGACUCACGUCAUCGUGCCGAAGCAGUGCGGCGGGCCGGACUACUGUGACACUGAGAACGAGGAGGAGCUGUUCCUGAUCCAGGACCAGCACGACCUCAUCACCCUGGGAUGGAUCCAUACUCACCCUACGCAGACCGCCUUCCUGUCCAGCGUCGACCUCCACACACACUGCUCCUACCAGAUCAUGCUGCCCGAGGCCAUCGCCAUCGUCUGCUCGCCUAAAUUCAACGAAAUCGGCUACUUCCGGCUAACCGAUCGAGGAACGGACGAGAUCUCUUCGUGUAAACAGAAGGGCUUCCAUCCUCACAGCAAAGAUCCUCCUCUCUUCACACACGCCGGACAUGUGAACAUCACGGACGACUCUGUGAGCAUGAUGGACCUGCGGUGAUCUUCUGGUUCCACCCGAACACUCGAGGACUGUUUAACCGAACUGAACGUGUUUUACUGGAAGAAACUGAAAACAUUCGUUUUAUUUUCCUGGACGGUACUGAGAAAAGCACCGACCACGUUUACCGUUUAUUUAGACUUUUUUUUCUUCUCAAGAGGAACUGUGUUGAAAAUUCAUAUAUUAUUGCACUUUCCAAACAAGCAAACUACUAUCAGACUCAUGGACUUCUGAACCUCUUGUGUUUUCCAUGCUUCUGUUUUUUAUCCUUAAUUUGUUCUCUGUUCUGCUUUCUUCUUUCAACAUGUGUGUCAGUGACUGCUGACAGGUGAGAUUCUGAUUCUACCUGACAGAUAAAGUGCCAAGGAUGAGAACAUUCAUA